UGAAUCUUUUCGGUGCCCUCCUCCUGGCGAGUUAUAUGGCUGCCGCAUCUAUGGCAUAUGAGAGCGACUCCUAUGAAUUUCCGGAUCCAAUUAACAUAACAGAGUUUCUUGAUACACGUGACAAUAUAUGGACGGUCAUAACUACAGCUAAUGACAGUCAACGAUGUAAAGUCGACAAGAAAGAAUUUAUAAAUAGUACGGAUUAUUACUUUUCCAGAAAGCAUCUUGCACCUAGCGGGUUUGUGGAAGAGAAACUCCGUGGGAAGUUUAUCGGCUCGUUUCGUCCAUUCACAAGCAUGGAAGUAGGGCCCAAAAGUCAAGAUCCUACAGGCAUAGAAGAAUUGAUAUAUCAAGGCGAAAGGAACCGCUGUGGUGUGUUCGAGCUCCGGAAUGUAACGACGGAGAUCCACAGUCCUUGCUAUUACUUAUAUAACAGACCAUGUUGGCAAUACCGAGCCUUUGACAUACGGGUCAGAGGCUACGGAGGAAACGUAACGGCGCAGGAGUGCUUGCAGUGGUUCCUUAAGGUGUACCCAGAAGAAACAUUUACUCGAGUUUUGUAUAACAAGAGUUGCAAUGGUAUAGGCAGGCUUCAUAUGAUUAUGUCGAGACCCCAAUAAACAGAAUUAUAACAACUGAACUGAACCACCGUGUUGAA